AUGGCAGCCUUGGCCACGUGGAUGGAUGGAGCCGGCUCCCUCUUCACCCCUCCUUUGAUGCCUUGGUUCCUGCAGAGCGGUGUGUUCCCGUCUGCUAGUCCGUUAACUCCGGGGCAGCCGUGGUCCGCUCACAUAUGGAAGGUCACGGCCAGGGGGUUUGGGCCGCUGCUGCAGUUCGCCUACACCGCCAAGCUGUUACUCAGCAGAGAAAACAUCCGCGAGGUCAUCCGCUGCGCCGAGUUCCUGCGCAUGCACAAUCUGGAGGACUCCUGCUUCAGCUUCCUGCAGACCCAGCUUCUGAACAGCGAGGAUGGCCUCUUCGUGUGCCGGAAGGAUGCGGCGUGCCAGCGGCCGCACGAGGACCACGAGGACAGCGCCGGGGAGGAGGAGGACGAAGAGGAGGAGACCAUGGACUCGGACACGGCCAAGAUGGCUUGCCCUAGGGACCAGAUGCUUCCAGACCCCAUCGGCUUUGAGGCCAGCACCAUCCCAGUGGCAGAGAAGGAAGAAGUUUUGUUGCCCGAGUCUGACGUGCCCGCGGACGCCAAGGAGAGCUCGGCCAAGGACGCGUUAACGCAGUACCCCAGAUACAAGAAAUACCAGCUUGCAUGUACCAAGAAUGUCUAUAACGCAUCAUCACACAGUACCUCAGGUUUUGCAAGCACAUUCAGUGAAGAUCACUCUGGCACCAGCCUCAAGCCGGGGCUUGCCGUGGGGCAGAUUAAAAGCGAGCCGCCCAGCGAAGAGAACGAAGACGAGAGCAUCACGCUCUGCCUGUCCGGGGACGAGCCUGACGUCAAGGACCGAGCGGGCGACGUGGAGAUGGACCGGAAGCAGCCCAGCCCCGCGCCCGCGCCCGCGCCCGCGCCGCCGGCAGGGGCCGCCUGCCUGGAGCGGGCCCGGGGCGCGCCCUCCCCGUCCUGCCUGCGCUCUCUGUUCAGCGUAACAAAAAGUGCGGAGUCGUCCGGCCUGCCCGGCACCUCUCAGCAGCACUUUGCCAGGAGCUCAGCGUGCCCCUUCGACAAGGGGAUCACUCAGGGUGACCUUAAAACUGACUACGCCCCUUUCCCGGGGAGUUACGGGCCGCCCCACGUGGGCCAGAAGGACGCGCACAGCUUCGCCAUGGGGUCGCCCCUCAAGGGCCCUGGCCUGGAGGCGCUCUGUAAACAGGAGGGCGAGCUGGACCGGAGAAGCGUCAUCUUCUCCUCCGGCGCCUGUGACCAAGCGAGCCCCGCGGUGCAGUCGUAUUCUGGGGUAAGCGCUCUGGACAAAGACCUCUCCGAGCCGGUGCCAAAGGGCCUGUGGGUGGGGGCCGGCCAGUCCCUCUCCAGCUCGCAGGCCUACCCGCACGGUGGGCUUUUGGCGGACCACUUGCCGGGAAGGAUGCGGCCCAACACGAGCUGCCCGGUGCCGAUCAAAGUGUGCCCUCGGUCGCCGCCGCUGGAGGCCAGGACGAGGACCUCCAGCUCAUGCUCCUCCUACUCCUACGCCGAGGACGGGAGCGGCGGCUCGCCCUGCAGCCUCCCCCUCUGCGAGUUCUCCUCCUCCCCGUGCUCCCAGGGAGCCCGGUUCCUCGCCACCGAGCAUCAGGAGCCAGGCCUGCUGGCAGACGGAGUGUACAGCCAGGUCCGACCCCAGAUUAAAUGUGAGCAGUCCUACGGAACCAACUCCAGCGACGAGUCCGGAUCGUUCUCGGAAGCAGACAGUGAGUCGUGCCCUGUUCAGGACAGGGGCCAGGAGGUCAAACUUCCAUUUCCUGUCGAUCAAAUCACAGACCUUCCGAGGAAUGACUUCCAGAUGAUGAUCAAGAUGCACAAGCUGACUUCGGAGCAGUUAGAGUUCAUUCACGAUGUCCGCCGGCGCAGCAAGAACCGCAUCGCCGCCCAGCGCUGCCGCAAGAGGAAGCUGGACUGUAUUCAGAACUUGGAAUGUGAAAUCCGCAAGCUGGUGUGUGAGAAGGAGAAGCUGCUCUCGGAGAGAAACCAGCUGAAAGCGCACAUGGGGGAGCUGCUGGACAACUUCUCGUGCCUCUCCCAGGAAGUCUGCCGGGACAUCCAGAGCCCCGAGCAGAUCCAGGCCCUGCAUCGGUACUGCCCCGUCCUCAGGCCCGUGGCUCUUCCCACAGCCCCCAGUAUUAGCCCCGCGCCCCUGGGCGUGGAGCAGUGUGCGGCGGGGGAGAGCGCGCCCUGCUGCUUGGAGCAGGGGGCGGCGGCCCCCGGCCCCCCCUGGGCCCCCGGCAGCGCCUCGGAGAACUGUACUUCUGCUCGGAGGCUGGAGGGCACUGACCCGGGGGCUUUCUCUGAGCGAGGGCCUCCCCUGGAACCCAGGAGCCAAACGGUGACCGUGGACUUCUGCCAGGAAAUGACUGAUAAGUGUACAACGGAUGAACAACCCAGGAAAGAUUACCCCCAGUGACGGCCUGCCUGCGAGUUCUCAGCCCCCUCCCACACAGCUGUCCUUGGGUCAGCCUGCAGUGCUGUUCGUCUGUCGUCUGGAAGAACCGAGAAGGAAUCUGGUGCACACUACAGCGGUCUUAGCAGCAAUACUGUUUCUUAGUAUUCUCUCCUCCCUUCAAGCAGGAGCGACAUAUAGUUACCCUCACAAUGGUGCUACCCCUUGUUCAGGCAAGGGAAGACGACAGUGGCAAAGCUGUCUGUCUGUGGGUUCAUUUCAGUCUUUACAGGGAUGGACUAACACCUCUAGGACCCAACCGCGGAUUUCUUUUCUCCGUGGCCCAUGUCACAAAGCCUAUCUCAGGAAUUUCUUCUGAAUGUUCAACUUUUUUCAUGGAAGACAGCUUCUAUACACAUCAAAGUUUUAUAGCUAGACUGUACAUAGUAUAUAUAUAAUAUAUAUGAAAUAUAUUAUCUCUCUCCAUAUGCAAAAGUCCUGCAUGCCUCAAUUUUCUCCUCCUGAAACUGGAAACUUGGUUUCUCGUUUAUAAACAGGUUCCAACAUUCCUCUUUUGUCUCUGAUGCUAGAACCGGUUUGUAACUGUUAACCUGGUCAUUUUUCUUGCUUCACAGUUCAAGUUGUGCUUAUUUAUGGACAGAAUUCAGUGUUGGAAGCUUUCUUUGACAUUUUAUUUCAGACCUUUUAUUUCUUGCUGGUUUGGUUUGAUUUGGGCACUCUCAGAUGGUGCCAGUUGAGUAUCAUGGGUUGUUUUUUGUUUGUUUUUUUUUUGCGGAUACUGUAUAGUCAAGGUCAACUUUGCCACUUGCACUGAGUUUUGGGUCAAACAUAUUUUCUUAAAUGAAGUUGUCACUUCAGUAUAACUCAAGUAAACUGUAUAUUCUUUGCUCUUACUUCAAAAAGUAAAACAGCUAAUUAAAAAAAAAGCACUCAGGUGAUAAUUAUGUAGGAAAAACAAUCUUGCCAAAUAAUGAAUUCAUCCUAGGAUGUAGACAAUAAUCUGCUUGAAUAUUUUUAUAUUUCACCUCCUCCCCACCUUUUCCUAAGCAAAGUUAAAAUGCAGAGUGUUCAGAGUUGAUGUUCAGAUUUCUAAGUGGGGAAAGAGUUUGGACAUCUCACUGGAAAGUGCAUUGAAACAGCGGGAAUCGUGAUGUUAUACUGGAACUCAGCAGGCUUCGGCUCCUAGAUACCAAGUUAGAACUGGUUUCUCAGCCAGGGAGUAAGUCCCAUUCAUUUCAACACUGCCCCAGACCUCUGCCUGCUCUGGAUGUACAGAACAGUAGGAACUUCUUCGAAGGACUUAGCUGCUUGGCCACCCAGCCCAGGACCUGCCUCCCCUGGGACUCACCUGGGGGGCUUUGCAUCACCGCCCUGGGGGUCCCACCUUUAUGUGGCUGUCCUGGGGUUGAUGCGGCGGGCCCCGCCCGAGCAGGAGAGAGCAGGACAGUUGUAGCCUGAAGUCUGUUCCUGGCGCAGACAAAAGCAUUUCUUUCUCCCUUGUUUCUCCAGAUGCUUUAAGUUGCAUCCUGAGGUUUUCCCACCAAUUCUCUUGGUCUGAAGGCAGAUUUCAUUCUGAGGCUUUGGAUACGAUGCGUCCAGGAGCCCUCCCUGCCCCUGACCCCCACCACGCACCUCCCUACUCUCUCCUGAUGAUGAUUUCCUUCUUUUGCUGCAAAACUGGUUGACUUGCAACCCACAGAGAGCGGCUUCCCUUGGCUCAGGGGGCGUGUGGGCCCCUGGCUGCGUUUACAGGAAGGGGUGCAGACCCCUCGAAGCCUGUGCUGGGGGAGAGUUCAGUCCCCUGCUCCUGUGGGUCCUCCAGCUUGGCUGCGGGGAGGAGUCCUGAACAGUUUAAUGUGGGGAUGGGGUGGUGGGCCGUGGGGACUAGACGGUUGAUUUUGUUUCUUCAUUUGUGCCAUUGUUUGGAAGAUAUUAAAGCUGCAUGUGAAAGGGGAAAUUAGUAUAUGACGUAGGCGAAACGUGAAAUCAUAGUAACAUAUGUUUUAGUAUUAUUAACUUUUUUCUGUACAAAUAUUAGUGCUAAAUGUUUAAAUAUGUAUGAAUGCCAGAAAUUUGUUGGUUCAUGCGGUAGGGUUUUUUUAAAAAAAAAAAAAGGCUUUUCUUUGAAAAUAGUUCCACUUUUAGAACCUGCCUCUGGGCUUUUGUUUUUUCUCGUCUGUGUGUAUGUGUGUGUGUGUGUGUGUGUGCAUUUGUCUAAGAUACAUUUUGCUCCUGCUCUGAGUCGAGGCUACGGUUUCUGUAGUGGCUGUUGGAAUUUCUUGGCCUGGUUCUGUGCUUCUCUGUGAGGUCUGCCUUUGGGGAAGACUGGUGACAGCUCUGAUUUAACUCAAUGUGAAUGCCGUGAUCCUGUGUGUUCUGGUGGAAGAGUUGGCUAAAAGGUUUGUUUGUUUGUUUGUUUUUUGGUUUUUUAACUUUUGUUGCCUUUUUAAAGUGACCUCCUCUUCUUUUAAAAAAGGAAUGAUUUCUGCUCAUAUCAUAACCAGGUCCAAACUGGCUCAUUGCUGUGAAUGACCCUGGUACCCACUCAUGUGCAUCUGGUCGUCUUGACCCCGUUCUGAAUGCCCCCCCCCCCCUUUAUCCUGCGCUGCUGGCUUCCAGCUGGGGAGGGUUUCCUGUAUAUCUCUCCCCCCAACUCAGCCCAUGGCCUACUCUGGCCAACCCCUGCCUCAAAUGUCUUCCUCUUUGCUAACCACACCCUCGCCACGCCUGCCAUGGGAAGCAGCCAGUUAAAAACACUGCUGGAGAAACUGUCUUUCGAUUUCUUGGAGGUUUGAACAAGCUGUUGGGUCUGGUUCACUGUCCACCGGGAACAGCGACUGGCUUUGUUCAGCUGUUGACGUGACGUGUCUGUGUCUCUUACUGCUCUGAACCAUGUGCUUGUCAAGAUUAUUUCCAGGUUGAUUCAAAGGGAGGACUAGCUGGGGACCACGGUCCAGGUUGCCUCAAGUGGAGUUUGCAAACCAGCCUGUCUCCUUUUCCUGGGAUCCAUUAGUGCAACCCAAGUCUUUUAUGAAAGAGAAAAGCAAGUAAACGGCACGGAAUAGUGUUUAUGUGGAAUGGUGACAUCUAGUUGUACCAUUAAGGUUCUAUCCUUACAGAUAUAAAGAGCUCUGGCAUUUAUAUUCCAGCCAUGAAAUGUUCAGGAGGGUCCUUGUGUGUCUCCAAGCGGCUGGGGCAGGCAUGGGCUGCCGCAGCAGGGGCAGUAUAGAGGUGGCCCUGUGGCUGCUUAACAUCUGCCUGAAACUAUCCUCCCCUCGGGUCUGCCUUCCUUCUACUUGUGUCUCCAGACAACCUCACUUCGUUCAGAUCGGUCCGGCUUGGGCAGGUGCGUGCUUUGCUGUAUAUGUCUGUUUCUCUGCGUUAUCUGGGGGGUGCCUUGAGUAAAAUAACUUCAUGACAUACUGAUUCUGGAACAAACCAUGGCAAAAACAAAUAAACAAAAGAGCUGGAAAAGUGACUGGGCCACCUGCUCCUCUCUUCUGGGUUCUCUUAAUGACUCAGGCAUCAGAGGUGAUGCUGCCGUAGGGAAGGGUAUUUUGUAUAGCGUACAAAUAAUUUAUUAACUGUAUUUCUAAAGGUAUGCUGCUUUUAAGAUGCACUAUGAUUUUGGAUUUAAUCCUUGUGUUGCUUUCCCAAGGAAGUAAAAAAAAAAAAA